AUGCUGCUGACAACCGGCAAGAGGGCCGCCACCGCAUCCUCCACUCAGGCGACAUCGGCCGCGGGACUGGAUAGCCUUGCGCUUGCCUUGGCGCCAUGGCUCUCCACUUCCCUGUCUCGACCGCUGGCCACACAGCAAAGAUCGGCUCACCAUGACGCCAGCGCCAGCGCCAGCGCCAGCAACCGCGACAACGAUAGACGGAAGCGCCAUGCCGACCGAUACGCUCCCGGCUCAUCAGCCGGUCCACAGCAUCAGAAGCAGCAACAGCCGCGACGGGAGCAGCAGCAGCCACGUCGACGCCCGCAGCGCACGCCGAACAGGGCCCUGUUCCGCCUGGACCCGGUCAAGCCGCUGCUCCAGCACUCGAGCCUGGACGGCUUCAACCAGGGAACUUCGACUUCGUACGACCGCCGCGAUGCCGCCGAUGCCGUCGCCUCGCGCUCGCGCGCCAUAACGCAGCUCCACACGGCGCUCGAGUACGGCGACGCCGGCGCCGUCUUCCAGGCCUACAUCCGGGUCCCCAAGGAUCGCAGCGUCCCAGACCACGGCCGCGGUGGCCUCGAGGCGGGCUCGAUACGCUCCUCGCUCACGGUGGCCGAGACGCAGAUGGUGCUGCGGCGCCUGGUCAGCGACACGCCGAGGCUGCAAGAGGGCCUGCUGAGGCUCGUCACCGUGGUCGAAGAGAUCCGGCGGCGUCGGCGCCUGGCGCUGCUCCUCUCGCAGCGGGCUGAGCAAGAGGGCCGCCGCGACGAGCUGGUCCGCUGCGCCACCGAGGCCCAGGAGUGGGAUCGCCUGCUCGAUGCCAGCACCAUGAACGCCAUGAUCUCGUAUACCGGCCGCUGCGUGCGGGCCGCCGGGCCCGAAGAGGUCGACGAAGCCCUCACGCUGCUGCUCGAUGCGGGCGCCGACGUGGCCAACACCUCGAUGGCACCCACCCAGCACGGCUCCGCGCAGGAUCUCCGUCAGAGGCGCGAUGCGGGCACAGACCGCCUGCGACAGGCCGUCAUCGGGCCUCGCCUGCGAUCGUUCCUGGAGCGGCAGCGGACGAUGCAGCGGCAGCCCUCGCCGGACCGCACGACGUACAACACGAUCCUCGACAUCGUCAGCCGGAGCGUGCAUCGCCAUCGCGCCAAGAACCAGGGCGAGGCCGACCAGGGCUACGACCGCGCCGACGAAGACGAUCGCGCGACGUCGCUCGAGGGAGCCGCCGCCGAACAGGACGGCUCGGCGAGCCAGCUGGCGUCCAACAUGCAGCGCCUCGGUGUCGAUGCCGACCGAGGCGACUACACGGUCGAGACGGCGGUCAAGAUCUUUCACGCGCUGCUCGACCGGAUGCGGCACGUCUCGAGGCUCAGCCCGGAUCGCGUCACAUACAACAUCAUCCUCAACAUGCACAGCCGGCUCGGACGGUGGGACGCCGUUGCCGAGACGGUCCAGUCGAUGCUGGACGACGAUCUCCUCGAGGUGGCCGACGUCAAUGCCGUCGUCUGGCGCUGGGCCAUCAGCGCGAGGGGCCCGGCCCAGAGGGGGGACAGGGCCAAGGCGGCCGGACGGGUCUACCAUGCCAUGCGCGGCAAUCUGCUCGAGUUUGAACGACGCCGCAGCCGAUUGCAGGCGGGCCAUUCGGAAGAGGUCGGGACGGCGGCUGCCACCUCCUCUCGCGCCGAAGGCAAGGGCGAGGACACCGAUCUACCGCCGCUGCAAGUCUCGUACCGCGACGGCUCCGCCCCCAAGCCUGCUGCGAGGUGGUCGACGGCGCCCGACGAGCCCAUCGACGCCCUCGCCCGGAUCCUCUCGCUGGAGCGGCUGCCCGAGCACAUUGUCCCGAGCAGCAUCACGUACGCCAUCCUGAUCAAGCUGCAGACGUUCGCCGGCGAUUUUGGCGCCGCGCUGUCCACCUUCCGGGACAUGAUCUCGACGCCUGAAGUCGAGGUGCGGCGAGACGCCGACGGCAGGGUGCGCAUUCACGACGCGCCUGGGCCGGACCGGUACCACCGCGCCACCCCAGACAUCUUCAGCUCGUUCUUCCGCGGCUAUGCCAAGCACGGCCGGCCGAUGCGCCUCGUCUACCUCGACGAGCAGGACCCGCUCAGGAGCGAGUGGGAGCCGUACGAGGACGAUGCGUCGUCUCUCCAGUCCGGAUGGAACGUCAAGACGUUUGGCGAGAUCUUUGAGGCCUUCCUUCGUAUCAAGCCCUUGCCGCAACGAAGUCAGGAACCCGGCUUCUCGUUUUCGGUGCGCCCGGUCAAGAUUGAGCGCCAGGGCGCUGAACGUGGCAGCCGGGCCAGCGAGCUACUCGAAGCGUCGACGCUGCCCGAUGGCACGCUGGGCGACUCGACGGAAGCUGCCGCCCUGCGCUCGACGGCCGAGUCGAUCCUCGGGUCGGGCGAGAGCGCCAUGCUGCCGACGAGCCUGACGCAGGCGCCGCUCUCGUCGUCGGGCCAGGUCGAGGCGGCCGGUCGAGCUGUCCGCGGCCAGGACUGGGUCAAGGCGCGCCGUGCGCCCACGACCCACGAACUCUUCUUCCUGCUCACCGCGAUACGCAGGGUGAGCGGCGACGACGCGGCGUGGAGCCUCGCCAUGUGGCAAAAGGUCGAGGACAAGUUUGGGCCCGCGCCGCGCGACCAAGCGACGGCCGAGGAGGUCGAGCAGCGGCAGCGGCAGCGGCAACAGCAUGACGAUGGCGUCUUGCGCGACGGCGACUUUGAGCGGCGCGGCCACGACGACGACCAUGCCGCGGACUCGGCGACGUACGACAACCGCGAGGGCUGGACGGGGUUCAAGAAGGACUCGAGGCUCAGGUGGAUCCUCCAGUACCUCGGCGAACGGGGACGCGGCGCGUCGCACGAGGCGGCCAAGUGGUAG